ACAGCAGGAAUCAGUGACACAGUGCUGGGAGCUCCGUGGUGAUCACAGGCGUCUGAGUGCGGACUGCUGAGUGACUGAGUGCUAGGCAGUGGUCAUGGCAGGCGCCCGGUGGACGUGGACUCCCGUGGCACGCGAUGAGCGGUUUGCCCGAGCACACCAUACAUGUACACCAGUACGGGGGAAGCUCUAUCUGUUCGGUGGUGUUACGUCAGGGGAUUCCAGAGUGCCCCCUCUCGGAGACGUGGUGACCUUUCAGCCGGACCAGAACACGACAGAGUGCGGUGCUCCGCAGAGUGCCUUCAGGAGGAGUCACCACGAUACCACCCUGCUGGGGGAGAGAUGGCUGUGUUCUGUGGGGGGCUGGGACGGCUCACGGCGGGUGUCUUCAGUCCUCAGCUAUGACACGGAGUUGGGGGCGUGGGCGCUGUGGACGGAGGGUCAGCCCAGUAGCUCUCCGGUGGGGCUGAGCAGUCACACGUGCACCAGACUAUCCGACCAUGAGCUGUGUGUGGUGGGCAGGGAGGGCGGACUGCGCACGCAGAGACGUUACGCCAGCGUGUACACCCUGCGGGUCAACGCCAGCACCAAGACUUACUGGUGCAAAGAGGAGGAGUCUCGCACAGCAUCUCGCUCAGGGCACGCAGCCGUCCUCCUGCAGACCGACACUGGACAUGGUAGGAGGUCGGCCUACUCCCUCUAUGUCUUCGGAGGCCGAGACUCCGCUACAGCCGACUGGGCCGGGCUGUGGAGCAAAGACAAAAUCCAGGAAAACACAGACCCCAGCCCCCUGCUCAUGGAGCAGCUGUCUCGGCUUGUGGCUACGCCAAACGCUAAACGCGCCGCCCCCAAGAGCCUGAAGCACCAUUCCUGCUCCACGGUCGGCCCAUUCGUGGUGGCGUUUGGUGGAGAGACGCUCUGUAAGGGCCGGGACGCCGUCUGCAAUGAUCUCUACAUCUGUGACACGCGCUGUAACCCAGUACGCUGGUUCCACUUCCCUGGGUCUGAUCCUCACCAUAAGAGAGUGGGCCACCGGACCUGCCUGCUUAAUGAUCGCCUCUACUUGGUGGGUGGCUUCGGUGCAGACGGACAGACACCGUGUCCAGAUAUCUGCGUCCUGGAUAUUCUGUAAAAACUGCGUGUUCCAGAGAGAAGGGCUCGUCCGCUACCACACAAGCUGAGCUCAGAGUUUAUGGAAAUAGAGGAUGUGAGCACAGUACAACGUGGCUGUCUAUACUGAUCGUAUUGGGUAAUAAAUUCAGUACAAGCAAUAUACAGAACACACAAUACUAUGGUCUUAGCGCCUGCUGACUGGGAGCGGCCAUGAUGGCACCUGUGUGUGAUAUAUAAUGAGACAACAGACCUGCAUUAUUCCAAGAGUGUUAUGUAAACAGAUAAGAGGUAAUAAAGUCUGUACUGUAUACUGUUA